AUGGGUUCGCCACCCUUCUUCCUUCUACCCUCUUUCGUAUUUUCUUUCCCACUUUCAGCUUCAACAAUAGUCGUUAUCAGCAGAUUCAGUACAGGUACAUCCCUGUUUGUAGAGAAACCAGAUAUUCUAAUAUCACCAAAUCGCGACUUCUCUGCUGGCUUUUAUUCCGUGGGUGAUAAUGCCUAUUGCUUUGCCAUUUGGUUUAGCAACUCACGCACUGUAGUUUGGAUGGCAAACCGUGACAACCCAGUUAAUGGAAAGCACUCAAAGCUCUCUCUCUUCGAUACUGGCAAUCUCAUCUUAACUGAUGCCACUAAGUUAAAUGUCACCGUUUGGGCCACAAACACUGUCUCACUCUCCUCAGUCCAACUAUUUCUCAACGACACCGGUAAUCUUGUUCUAUGUGACAAGGAAGGUAUUGUUUUGUGGCAAAGCUUUGACUUCCCUACAGAUACCCUUCUUCCUCAACAACUACUCACUAGAAAAGCAAAGCUUGUCUCUUCAAGAAGCCAGACCAACUUUUCCUCUGGUUUCUAUGAGCUUUCCUUCAACAACGAUAACCUUCUUCGCUUUGUUUAUAAUGGCUUAGAUGUUUCUGAUAUUUAUUGGUUUUAUUCAGGGCUUGAAGAUUACAAUAAUAGCAUACUUGUCUUUAAUUCCUUAGGGAAUUUAAGUCCAUCCGAUGAUUUUACCAUUAUGUCUGCCGACUAUGGAGCAAUGCUUCAUAGAAGAUUGACACUUGAUUAUGAUGGUAAUAUUCGAUUGUACGGUUGGGAAGAGGAGAGGCAGAGUUGGGUUGUUUCAUGGCAAGCCAUUCAGAGACCUUGCAUCAUUGCUGGUGCUUGUGGGGCUAACAGUUUUUGCAGUUACGUUACUGGUUAUGGCAGGAAAUGUUCCUGCCCAUCAGGAUACAAGAUGAAAAAUCGUAGCGAUUGGGCUGAUGGCUGUGAACUCGAAGUUGAACUCUCUUGCAAGGAAAAUGAGUCGGGGUUUCUGAUGUUAUCCCAUGUUGACUUUUACUCGUAUUACGGGAAUGAUUUUGGGAACUUCCUCAAUUACACAUUUGAUCAAUGUAGGGAUCUAUGUUUGGCAGCAUGUGAUUGCAUAGCGUUCGAAUACAACUUCAACAAGGAGGCUGGUUAUUCAAAAUGUUAUCCUAAGACACGAUUGCUAAAUGGGUAUCGUUCGCCAGAAUUAAAUGGAGACGUCUAUCUGAAACUACCAAAAAGCUAUAUCUUGUCCCACCACAAUCCUCUAGAAGAAUUCAAUUUAAAUUGCUCAGGUGAUGGUACACUACAAAGCGGUAAAAACAGCACAGAGAAAUUCAUGCUCUGGUUUGCUUGUGGAGUGGGUGGACUUGAAAUCAUCUCUUUCUUUCUGGCGUGGUUUCUUCUCAUCAAAACACAGAAAAUUUUAGGUGUUGCCAAGCAAGCCUAUGAUCGUGCUGCCAUUGGAUUCAGAAAAUUUACAUAUACAGAACUAAAAAAGGCCACAAAGAGUUUUAGUGAGGAGAUUGGAAGAGGUGCAGGAGGGAUUGUCUACAAAGGGGUGUUGUCUGACAAUCGAGUUGCCGCAAUCAAACAUCUCAAUGAAGCCAGCCAAGGAGAAGGUGAAUUUCUAGCUGAAGUAACCAUCAUUGGAAGGAUUAACCACAUGAACUUAAUAGAGAUGUGGGGGUAUUGCACAGAGGGAAAGCAUAGGCUUUUGGUGUAUGAGUACAUGGAGCAUGGUUCUUUAGCAGAUAACCUCUCAGUCAAUGUACUUGAUUGGGAAAAAAGGUUCAAAAUUAUCAUGGGCACUGCGAAGGGCCUAGCCUAUUUGCAUGAGGAUUGCUUGGACUGGAUUUUACAUUGCGAUGUAAAAUCUCAAAAUAUACUUUUGGACUCAACUUAUCAACCAAAGGUGGCAGAUUUUGGCCUGUCCAAACUUCAAAAUAGAGAUGUCCUUAAGAAUUCAAGCUUCUCAAAGAUAAGAGGAACUCGAGGUUAUAUGGCUCCGGAGUGGGUUUUCAAUCUACCUAUCACCUCCAAAGUGGAUGUUUAUAGCUAUGGGAUUGUUGUUCUGGAAAUGGUGACCGGAAAGGAUCCAUCAAGGAGUGUCCAUGCUAUAAAUGAUGGUGGGGUGGCAGAGCAUAAAAGGCUGGUUACAUGGGUGAGGGAAAAAAUGAAUAAAGCAGCUGCAAUUACUUCUUUACUUGAAGAGAUCAUUGAUCCACUGUUGGAAGGUAAAUAUGACAUAUUUGAAAUGAAAGCUUUGGUUCAGGUUGCUCUACAAUGCAUAGAAGAAGACAAAGAUGUAAGACCUACCAUGAACCAAGUAGUUGAGAUGCUCUUACUCCAAGAAAAAGUUAGUGAUGGUGUUACAUAUAACGAGUGCAAUCUUAUGGCCUACUAA